AGAUUAAGUAGGACACUUAGAAAAGGUGGUGGUGGUUAUCACUGUUUAUCCUUUUUCCUCCGAGAGGACAUGACAUCAGGAAAGUGAUGCCAUGAUGUGCAAAUAAAUUGGGUCGAGGUGAAGGAGGACUAUGCAAAGUCACCAGCCUCACUUUCUCCUCCAGAGCCAUCUGGGUCCAAUGACAACAUACAGUGGGAGGCCUUGGCAUUUACUUUCUGGAAAAGAGCAUUAGAGUCAUGAGAAAUCAGGGAUUUCUCCCCAAAGAAUCCUCAGACACAGAGACAGAGGAAGAACCACACGGGAAUGGAAUUGCCUUGCACAGGGCAGGAAAACUGGAAGAUUUCCUCCAUGAAGAGACUGAGACAAACUUGACCACCUCCGACUCAGAUGAAUACCUUUAUGAGAUUUUGCAGGCACAGAAAAAAAAUACCAAACACUAUUCAUUCAGACGAAACUCAGUAUAUCAGGCAAAGCUGGAUGAUGAAUCCUCUAUAGAGGACAAAGAACUGGAAUGUUUUUUCCAAGAUAGUAACAGACGGAGACCACAGGCCAAGUUUCAUCAGUCUUUUAGAUCUGACAGUUCGAAGCGGUCCAGCCCCUUCACUGACCUUACACAAGAAAACCUGUGUAUUCAAGCAAGUUACUUAGCUGCUGCUUCUGGCCACCGCCCACCCCACAAGAGUACCCUGGCCUGGGUCUCCCUUGUCACAACCCCAGAGCCCUUUCACAAGACACUGCGGGAAGCACAUAGGAAGUCCCGGUGUCUGCCAUCCUGUGCCUCAUUUGAACUAAGAAGACAGCAAGCAGAGAAGCAGGACCAAGAGGAAGCUGAAUGCCAGAAGAAGUUCCAGGCUCAGCCAGUGCCAGCCCACGUCUAUUUGCCUCUCUAUCAGGAGAUCAUGGAACGAAAUGAAGCCCGCAGACAAGCAGGAAUCCAGAAGAGGAAAGAACUGCUCCUGUCUUCUUUUAAACCCUUUAGCUUCAUGAAGAAGGAAGAACAGAAAAAGGAAGCCAUUCGGCAGAAAGGUUCAACAGCAAUGACUCAAGCAAAGACUUCAAAGCAAAAAGUCACUAGGAAGGUCCCCAAGGCAGUCUUGGAGCCAGCCCUGGGUGACAAGCUCAAAGAAGCUGAGCUGUGCAGAAAGCAUCGCAUACAGAGAAGAGCCACAGAUCUCCUGCAGGCAGCCUCAUCUCCCAUCACUUCUAACAGAUACACUGAUCCAAAGUCUCGGGUAUCCACUCAGACGCGGCAAGAAAAACUCAGUUUCCUGCAGAGACACUUUGAUUUUCGACCAAGGGUGAAUCCCAGUGUCCCUGACUUUAAAAGUCUUUAUAGAUCCUUCCAAAAAGAAGCUGCCCAGAAAAGGGAGACCCGAGAGGCAACACGAAACAAACCAUUCCAGUUGAGAACUGCUAGUCUUCACCAUCGACAGAGAUCAAGCAAGGAGUCAGGGGAACCAAAGAAUCUUUCACAAUCACCCAUGGCUCCAUUACAAAGGAGCCGCUCUCUGAAUGGGCUUGUCUCUCUCUCUCCUAACACCCUUCCUGUACACAUCACAGAUGCUACUAGGAAAAGGGAAUCUGCUGUCAGAUGCUCCCUUGAAGAAAAAAAAGAUAAAGAGAAUGAGAGUGCCCUCUGGAUGGAGCAACAUAGGAAGAAAUGUCAAGCUAUGCAUAAAUCUGUGACCUUGAGAGCAAAAGCAAUGGAUCCCCAUAAAAGCUUAAAGGAAAUUUACAAGACAAAGCUGAAAGAGAAUUGGUUGAAUGAUCAAAAAAGAACAAAAGAGUAUAAGAAAGAACUGGAGGAAAUGAAGAGAAGAGUCCAGAAUAGACCAUAUCUCUUUGAACAAGUGACACAGUUCUGUGCCAGGAAAGAGGCAGAGCGCAGAUACCGAGAAAUAUUACAAAAGGUUGGUUUAGAUGAGGACUUUGUUAUGAACAAAGGACAAGAUGCCAUUGAUUUGGAAUGGAAUGAAGAAGACAGAGAAGAAACUGAUUCCCUCAGCCACCAGGGAAGCAAGGAACUGUUUAGUAGUAGUUCACAGCAUGAUUCAGAAGAAUCCCUAGAAGAAAUGAAACAUACUCCCUCGGAAGAAGAUUUUGCAGGCCUGUCCUUUGAAUCACUAGAUACUUCGAAAUCAUUUGCUGCCUGAUCCUUCUCCUCCUAGUACUGCUUUUGGAAAAGAUGCUAAGCCACUAGGUAGGUUGGGGUUUUUCAAGACGACAGGCCAGGAAGUGACUGAGCCCUCGUGAAGCAUUGUUUUACUUGUGAGUUGAUAUUUAAAACCAUACAUUGUGGGACAGCUCUUUUCAACACAUGAAGCUUUGCUUUUCAUUAUGGAGGACUGACUUCUCUUCCUGGACUUUUAUCCCUCAAUCAUUCGCUUCUUUCUUGCAUGUUUUCUUUUCCUCUCCAUUGAAUCAGUCCUUUCCACUUUCAUUCGUUCUCAGGGCUCCUCCAGCUUAAACAAAACUCCCAAACCUUUCUACUUCACUCUACCUUCCAUUCUACCUUUCUCCUCUUUUUUUUUCACUCCUUGGCCAAUUGGAAAUCACAGAAUUUUAGAGUUGGAAGGGGUUCCAGUGAUCCUUCAGUUCAACCUAUUUUUGGAGGGAAUUGGAUGGGGGGGAAGAAGAGGGGGAGAGGAAAGGGGGUAGAGAAACGCCUUCCAGAGAAGUAGUCAUCCAACCUUGGCUUGAAAACUUUCAAAGAGGAGUCACCCACUACCUUUUGGAACAGCCCAUUCUACUUUGGGGCAGUUCUAAUUUUAAGUAAGUUUUUCCUUACAUCAAUUUCCUAAAUUUGCAUCUUUCCUGGUUCUAUCCAUUGCUUCCUAGUUUGGCCUUCUGGGGCCAAACAGAAAAAGUCUAAUUUCUCAAAUGACAGUUUUUAGAUACUUAAAAAAAAAGCUAUCUUAUCUCCCUCAAGCCUUUUCUUCUCUCAGCUAAACAUCCCUGAUUCUUUGAACCAUUCUUCACAUGGCAGAGGUUCAAGGGCCCCUCGCCCCUUUCUGUCUGCCUUUCUCAAAUGUGGGGCCUAGACUUAGGCACAAUACAGUGGAACUCAUCUUACUAUCCCUGGAAACUAAGCUUCUAUGUUUAUAUCUCUAUUUCCUUGCUAUUCACUUAUUCCUCAGUCUCUUUUAAUCUGUUACCAUAGGUUUACAUGAUUGUUUUUCAAAAUGACAAAUCCAUUAACCCCUUCUUAGUUCUCAUUUUUUACUGAAUCUAAUCAAAGUAAAUUAUCCUUGAAAUCUACAUUUUAUAUUUUUGACACAUUCCCUUCCCCUUUUCCAAACCUUUUUCUUUUGACACUCUGAUUUCCUGGUUUUCCUCCUAUCCCACUAACCAUGACUCUGCUUCUUUUUCCCUCAUAUAGGUAAGUGUUCUUCAGAUUUCUGUCUUCAACUUAUAUCUGUCUCUGUUACAUAUGUCUCCCUUCACCAAAUCAUCUGCUCUUGUGGCUUUAAUUAUUACUCAUGGAUGACUCCUAAAAUUAGCUCCAGCUUUUCUCUGAAUUUCAGAUCUAUAUUCCUCACUUUAUUGAAUAUCUCUGUCUCCAAUACUGCAGUUGAUCUGUGAUCUUAUUGAUACAGGUGCUUUUGCAAUCCAUCUAUGUAUGGUCUUCCUAUUGAGAUGUCAUCCAAAUCCUAUUAAUAUUCUAAAGAAGGUCGGUAUAACUAAUGUAUUUGAGCUUUCGUUGAGUGCUUCUGUUUCUGUGAGAAUACUGGGGAAGCCACAUAGGUUUGUCUAUUAUUUAUCCUUCAUUGUCAUUGAAACCCACCCCUAUCUCCUUUUUUUAACCAUGUAUUUCCUUGAUGACAUCCUUUACAGUGCUUUGCCUUCAUAAUUUUUCAUUUUAAUGUGUUGUUUCAUGUUCAUGACAACCAAACAGUUUUCCAUUGCCCUUUGGGUCAUCUUCAACUUCAGUUUUCUGGAAUCUCUAUAGUUUGCCACAUUCUAUUAAUCACAGCCAUAUAAAAUUACCAGAAGAUAUUAAUAUUAAAAAGGCAUGCUUUCAUUUUAAGUUAAAGUUUGAAAUCAUUAAAAGUUCCAUAAUUCCCAAGUUUGUCAUAUUUCCUCCUCUUCCUGGUUGGUUUUAGGCUAAUCUCCUCCAUUUGCAGCAUCUGUCCAAGAUAUUUUCCCCUCCACUUUCUGUGAUCUAGCCAACUUGGCCUUGUCUCUAUUUCUCACGUGAUACUUCAUCUCCUAUCUUUGUGUAUUUUUUCUCACCAACACACACCUGGAAUGCAUUAUUUCCUCAGCAUCUCACAGUCCCUCUUUUCCUUUAGCACACAACUUGAGCAACAUCUUGGCCAUAAAGCCUUUCCUGACACCCUUUGUUGUUCAUACCCUUCCUCUCAUAUACCUUGCAUUUGACUGUUCAUUCACUUUGUUUAUGCUGUACAUACUCAUGUAUACUUAUGCCCCCCAUUAGAAUGUAAACUCCUUGUGAUUAGGGAUUGCUUCAUUCUUUGUACCUACAUCUCCAGCACCUAGUACAAUAUGGGCACAUAAUAGGCGCUUAAUAAAUACUUGAUUGUCUAAGUAAAAGUCAUUCUUCAACCACUUGGCUUUUCUUGUGUGCAUAACCAGGCCAAACUCCUUAGUGAUUAUAGAUCUCCUUUAAAAGACUGUAAUGUUCUGGGAUUUGAUAUAAUCAGUACAAUGUCACAUGCAAAUAGAAACUGUUAUAGUAUCAUCUAUAGGAAAUCCUUCCUUGUUUUGGUCUGCACUAGACUUCCAUGCCAGUGGUGAAAGCUUUUGGUGAGUACACAUCUCCCUUUUAUCACCUGCUUAUGAUAAUUGGGGUAUUUAGGUGGUGUAAUGGAUAGAAUGCCAGGCCUGUAAUCAGGAAAAUUCAUCUUUGUGAAUUCAAAUCUGGCCUCGGGAUAUUUAUCAGAUAUGUGACUGGGGAAGUCACUUCACCCCAUUUGCCUCAGUUCCUUAUCUGUAAAAUGAGCUGGAGAAGGUUCUAAUUCUUUUUGUUUUUUUGCUGAAUGAGGCAAUUGGGGUGAAGUGACAUGCCCAAGGUCACACAGCUAGGACGUGUUAAGUGUCUGAGGCCAGAUUUGAACUCAGGUCCUCCUGACUUCAGGGCUAGUAGUCUAUCCACUGCGCCACCUAGCUAUCCUUACUCUAGUCCUUUUGCCAAGAAAACUCCAAAUGGGGGUCAUAAAGAUACAACUGAAGAAUAACUGAACACAAUGAUAUCAUUAACUGAGGUUCUCACUGUUGCUAUAAGGAAUCUUGUGAAAUCCUGACAUAUGCAUGGAAGGGCACCUUUUAGGAGGAGAGCCAUUAAGGUGUUCUAAUAAAUUAGGUACUUUUUGUUUGGUUUUGUCUUAAAAACAAGCACAGUGAUAGCCUGUUAUUUUCUGCUUCCCUUAGUGAAUUGCAAGAUGGUAAAGAUGGCCUGCUGUGAAAUAUUGUUUAUAAAAGCCUUGUGCUUUUCAGAGAGCCUCAGCAAAAAUGUCUUUGAUGUACAUUAUUCAAAGAGAAAUUUUGUAUAGAAUGUAAAAAAAGAUAUGUUGGCUGAUUGGUAGUUCGCUUAGAUACCUUUUGAUAGUAGCUUAAGGCCUGAGAUUUUUUUCUGUCUUUUGUGUCUUUCCCUUCUUCAGAUACCUUGAGAAUAACUCAGUUCACUCAAAACUGUUGCCUGCAGCAGAGUAUUCUGUGUAUAUUUAGUUGGUUCAGGCCAGCUAUAUUUUUUGAAAAAAAAAAAAUCUUAAAUUCCACUUCCUCUAUAAGCACAAUGUAACAAUAGAUAAGCUUGUGAUAAUAGAAUUCAUAUGUAGUGGCUCAGAAAUCUUUGUGAUCUUUUCCAGCUUUUGGCAGUUUAUUGUCCUCUUUCAUCCUUAAAUGCCCUUGGGAAAACUUUGCUUAUUAGUUGGCUUUCUUGCCAACCUUUCUUUAAAUCAGUUUUCUAUAUUGUAGAAUACAAGACCCUUGUGCUGGGGGAGGAAGUGAAGAUCUACUUUUUUCAGUAAGAACAAAGUUUGAGUCAAAGUCAGAAGCCAAGAAAGAGUAACAGCAAACUUGUUCCAGAUGAUUGAAUGCAGUGCAGUUAUCAUAUUAAAUCCUUAAUGCACAAAAGGGGUCAGAUUUUUUGCAUGUUGAAAACAUCCGUUGGUGGACUCAUGACACAGUUGUGUUCUGUUUCCAUACUAUUUGCUUCAUUUAAAUAUAAAGUAUGUAAAAUUGAAGUUUAAUAAUCUUUAUACAUGGAAAUUACAUACCACAUAAUAUCCAUAACAUUUUUCACCAUUCCUUUUGACAAGCUAGUUUCAAAAGAUUAAAAACCUAAACCUAAAUCUUGGUGAUUUAUAAUUCAAAAUAAUUCAAGAAUGAUUAUAAUCACUGGAAAAUUUCAGUAUUUAAAUCUAUUAAUUUUUAUUGUUCUUAAUUUUUGAAGUGUAAACAUCCCUUCGUAAUGGAUAAAAUACAUAACCAAUUUGAAGGGAAAAUCUAUUUGAGCAGCUGAAACUAGUAAGAGCAAGGACAAGGUAGUCAAAAUACAGAAAAAGUAAGUAAAAAGCUAAAAAUUCUGAAACUCCACAAUUCUUAUCAUUGGGUUUCACAAGUACUGUUACUGGAUGGUAAAGAGCAUUAUUUGCUUUGCAUGAAAAUUUGGGCUGCAAAGUGAAUGAAAGAAUAUAAAGUGAAAUAUCCUGAAAAUGUAUAUAUGAAAUAUAUGAGCAAGAUUACUUUUCCAGGAAAAAAAAAACUAUAAAUGCUUUUAAUGGCAAAUUUUUUAUGAAAUUGCUUCUAGAAUUGGAUAGUAUAAAAACACGCUUUCAGUAAGAAAAAUAUUGGUAUACUAUCUGCAGCAGUAUACCAUAUGCUAAACAGCUUUGACUGGUUCUUCUUGCAAGAAUGAUUGGAAGAAUUGCUCCUAUUUUUAAAGAUCUUGGUGAUCAAUCAUUUGAGAAAUCAAAAUCUUUCUUUUUUGCAUUGAAAGUGGAUGAAGUAAAGGAUUAAUUAUGAUCAUUUGAGUAAAAAAAUAGAAAAUAAUCUUCCAAAUAUUUUAGUGCAAUUUUAAAAAACUAUUAGAGCUUAAAACCACAGAGACACUUUGGGGGCACCCUAUAUAGCUAAAACUUAAUAUUAGGAAAGUUUUGUUAUUUGACAGACUCAUACAUAACACUGUCACAAGAUAAAUUUUCAAUACAAUUGUGUUUUUAAAUGGAAAGAAAAAUGUUAACUUAGAAUUUACUAGGAGGCAUUCAACUGAUAUCACGUACCAUUCAGAGAUGUGUUAUCAUCACACAUUAGCAAUUUGGACAUAGUAUAUGCUACAGUUCUUUAAAUGAUUGAAUAACUUUACAGAAAAUAUACCCAAAGCAUGGCUAUUUGCAAAACCAUGUAAUUAGACAAUAGUAUUUAUGUCUUACUAUAAAGCAUGAUGGCUUUCUCAUUACAAAAUACUUAGAAGAAUGAGCUAAUAUAAAAAAUUGCCAAUUUUUUUUAGUAAUAAUAAAAAUUAAACAAAUGCAUUUUGUAACACAAAUUUUCAUGUGAAACCUGAAUAUUUGGUGGAUAUUCCUGAAAAACAGAACUCGAAAUCAGUACAAGAUCCUUAAAUUCAUAUGCUUAGAAAGAUAAGAUGACUAUGUCUAAAAGAAAAAAAUUUUAAAAUGUUUCCCAAUUUUUAAAAAUAACUUAUCCUGCAAAGGAAAAAUUUCAAAAGACCCGUUUAUUACUUUGCUAGUCUGUAAGAAGUAAAUAAUUUUAUUUCUAAAUACAAACUGACAAAGAAUCCAUAUACCCAUGGACAAAUAGGAUUCAUUUGGUCUUUUUCCAUCGAAACAAAAAAUUAUUUUAAGUUUCUCUUGCAGUAGUACUAAAAGUUGAAAUAAGCAUUUGAACCUGACAUAAUGUGUUUUAGCUACGGUGAAUACUUUAUCAAGCAAAGCAACAGAAAUUCUAUUGCUAUUCCUAAUAUUUGUAUGAUAGUUUUUCACUGUAACCACUGAAGACAAAAUAUCAAUGACAAAAUAUCAGUUUUGAUUAUUGUUGAAAAAUAAUUGAGUUAGAAUACCCAUCAAAAACAAGCCCAACUAUUACAUUUUAAUGUUAUGUGAAAUUUGUAUGAUUUUAUAAAUGUUACAAUUAUGUUUGAGAUGUUAUAAAAAUAAAAUCUUAACUUUAUUUGAACAGAAUAUGAGCCAAGAAAAUCAUUUGCAUAGGUUGUCAUAUGAAAAGGGGUAUGUAUCUAGUCAUAAAAACUCUAAAUCAAUUACUUCUGAUUAGACAAAUGAAAAUUAUAACAACUCUGAGGUACCACCUCACACCUAUAAAAGACUAAUAUGACAGAAAAGAAAAAUGCCAAAUGUUGAAGGGGGGAAUAUGGGAAAAUUGGGACAUUAAUACAGUAUUACUGGAGUUGUGAACUGAUCCAACCAUUCUGGAGAGCAAUUUAGAACUUUGCUCAAAUGGGUCAUCACUUCUAGGUCUAUAUACCAAAGAAAUCAUAAAGAGUAAAGGACCUACAUGUACAAAAAUGUUAUAAUAUGUGCAAAAAUAUUUAAAGCAGCUCUCUUUCUGUUGGCAAAAAACUGGAAAUUGCAAAUAUGCCCAUUAGUUGGAAAAUGGCUGUAUAAGCUGUGAUUUAUAAAGGUAAUAGAAUAUUACCAUUGUGCUGUAAGAAAUGAAGAGGAGCAAGCUUUCAGAAAAACGUGGAAAUAUUUACAUGACUUGAUGCAGAAUGAAAUGAGCAGAACCAAGAGAACAUUUUACAUAGUAACAGCAACUCUGUAUAAUGAUCAGCUAUUAAUGAUUUAGCUCCUCUCAAUUAUACAAUGAUGCAAGACAGUUUUAAAGGAUUUUCUAAAUGAAAGUGCUAUCCAUGUACAGAGAAAGAACUGAUGAACUCUGAUGAAAGCCGAUCCAAGCAUGUUGUUUUCACUUUAUUUUACGUAUGUAUUGGGGGGUGGAGGUAGUUUUUCUUUGGGUCUGUUUGUUUUUUCUUUCACAACAUGACUUCAAUCCUAUCAGUAAUCAAGUUGCUUAUCAUUUUAGGAAAAGGGGAAAGAGAAAGGGAGAAAAAUUUGGAACUCAGUCUUGUAAAAAUGAGUGUUAAAAAUUAUCUUUGUAUAAGUGGAAAAUAUGUAAUACCAUUUUAAGAGAGUAAUGCUUUUUUUUUUUUUUUUUUAAACCACUGCCACCAUCACUGCAAAAGCUUAAGACUGGGGGCCAUUUUGAAUUUUAACCAUUCUAGUUGUGAUGAGCUCCUGUGUACUUAGGCUGAAUCUCAAAAGCAUAAAGUAUGCUGCCAGGAUCAUAUUUGAAGCCUUUCCACCAUGGUUGAUAGCAAUUGGUAUCAGCACUUUGCAGAAUCUAUACUCUAGGCAUAGCCAUUGAGAACCCAAGAUCAUCUAGAAGACUUUUUGAAAGGCAACUCUAGCAGCACCAGAAAAUUAACGUAUCUAAAACAUAAAGACUCAUAAAGUCUUUUCUUUGAUUUUUAUAUUUCUACUAUCAAUAGCAUUAUUGCCUAUAUUCAAAACCUGUCACCUUUACCUACCUCAAGUCAACCUAUCCCUCAUUUACCAAUUAAUCUUCCUAAUGCAUAGAUCAUAUCCUGUCUCUUCACUCAAAAACUUUUAAUGGCUGUCUUAUAUUGCCUAAAAGGUAAAGCCUAUAUUCCCUAAACUUGGCAUUCAAGGCUGCUCAACUCUUGACUGUAACAUCCAGUUCUACCUUGAAAUAAAUUUCUUAAACUACUC